CACCCGCGACUGCAACCAGCAGCUACAACAACAGGCUUUUUAAAAAAUGGGAUUUUUAUUAAAAUAAAGUUUUAAAAUAACCAAAGAUACGUUUCCCGUCCUCUUGGUCAGUGAGUGCACCUCGGGGAUAUUUAAUAAGCAUCCCGCCUGAAGAGGAACACGGAUCAAACACGUGGGGACGUUUUAAAGAGGUUUAAAAUGUCCAAGAAGAGGAACGGGAUCCCGGACAGAUGGCUGGAUUAUAAAUCUGUGGGGAGGAAGCUUCCCGGGACGCGUUUCAUCGCCUUCAAAGUGCCUCUGAAGCAGGCGUUGAACCGUCAGCUGCAGAGCUCCGAGGUGUUCGGGCUCUGGGAGCUCCUGGAGUCUGUUCAGAAGCAGAGGCUGGACCUGGGUCUCAUCAUCGACCUGACCUUCACCACCAGAUACUACUCCAUACAGGACGUCCCGGAGUCUCUUUUGUUUGUAAAAAUCUUCACGGCAGGUCACGAGGUUCCCGGCGACGACACGAUCCUGAGCUUCAAACGCGCCGUACGAACAUUUCUGCGAGAAAACGCCAACAACGAGAAGCUGGUGGGAGUGCACUGCACGCACGGGCUGAACCGCACCGGGUACCUCAUCUGCAGGUAUCUGAUCGAUGUCGAUGGGAUGGAUCCUAAAGAGGCCGUGGACUUGUUCAACUCGUCUCGAGGUCACGCGGUGGAGAGGCAGAACUACCUGCAGGACCUGCAGAGAGGACCCAAGAGGAGUAAUGAUGGGAUGGAUGAGUCGGAGCAGGAGCCAAUCAGAGGCCUCGCUUCACAUCGGCCGAGUGACAUCAUCUCUGAGUCAAGAGAGGAGAGAUGGCCGCCUAGCAGAGAAUCCCAUCAACACAGAUAUUUUCCUCCCAGAGCAACGAGCCAUCGCUCACAUCCACAAAACGGCCUUCUUCCUAACCCUCAACCCCACGGAGAACAUUUCAACCAGUAUCGACGGACCGCCCCCCCGCCUGAAGACCAGUGGAGGAGACCCAGGUUCUCUCCACCGCGCCAGGAUAGGAGGUUUUCUCCCCCCCGCGCAGACAGGAGGUCCAGAUGUCCUCCACCAGCCCCCCCCCUCCAGGUGGACAGACGCAGAGCUCCCCCCCCCCUCCAGGUGGACAGACGCAGAGCUCCCCCCCCCCCUCCAGGAGACAGACGCAGAGCUCCCCCCCCCCUCCAGGAGGACAGACGCAGAGCUCCCCCCCCCCUCCAGGUGGACAGACGCAGAGCUCCCCCCCCCCCUCCAGGAGGACAGACGCAGAGCUCCCCCCCCCCUCCAGGAGGACAGACGCAGAGCUCCCCCCCCCCUCCAGGAGGACAGACGCAGAGCUCCCCCCUCCCUCCCUCGUUACUCUGCAAACUGGACUAA